AUGGCCCCAGGGAAUUUCUGCGGUGCGGUGCUGGGCUACUUUGGUGCUGAUGUCAUCAAGGUGGAGCCGCCAAAAGGGGACCCCAUCAGGUCGCUGCGCAUCCUGGACGCCAGCGGGGAGUCCCUGUGGUGGCGCUGCCAUGGCCGAAACAAACGCUGUGUUGCGAUAGACCUUCACAAGAGUGAGGGCCAGGACCUGGUGCGCAGGCUCGCCAACAAAUCAGACGUCCUGAUUGAGAACUUCCGGCCAGGCGUGAUGGAGAAGUGGGGCCUGGCGCCAAAGGAUCUGAAGCCCGAGCUUGUGUACACGCGGAUCAGGCCCCCAGUGCGGCCCAACAUUUCUCUUGGAGACACGCUGGCGGGCCUGCACGGGGCUUUCGGGGCUGUCAUGGCGCUGCUGCAUCGGCAGAGGAUUGGCGGCAGCGAGGGCGGGGGCGGGGGCCAGGUGGUGGAUGCCUCUAUUUCAGAGUCGAUAUUCAACAUGCUCGAGUCGUGCGUGACAGAGGCGACGGCCGCUGGGCACAACCGGCCGCCGUCAGGCAGCACCAUCUCGGGAGUCGUCCCAUCGGGCACGUUCAGCACCAAGGAGGGGCGGUUCGUUGUGAUAGGCGGCAAUGGCGACUCAGUCUACUCGCGGCUGAUGACGGCGAUCGGGCGGCCGGAGAUGACGGCGGCGAGCGAGCGGUACAGCACGAAUCCCAAGCGGGUGGAGGCUGAGGCUGAAAUCAUGGGCGCAAUAACAGAGUGGGCAAGCCAGCACACUCUGGAGGAGGUCCUGGAUGCGAUGAGGGCAGCGCGCGUGCCCGCAGGACCCAUCCUCAGGCCAAUCGACCUGCUGAGCGAGCCCCAGUUCGUGGAGCGCGGCAUGUUCCAACGCGCCGCGCCGCCGCGGCCGCGCGUGCAGCGGACGGCAGUAGCUGCAGGGGGCGGCGACGCUGCCAGCGAGCGGGGCGGGGCGGCCGAUGCUGACCAGGCGGCGUCGGCGUCGACUGCUGCUGCGCGGAACGAGGAGCUGGUCAUGCCUGCAAUCUUGCCGGUCAUGCAGGGCACGCCUGGCGCGACGCGGUGGGCGGGGGCGUCACUGGGGCACCACACCGAGGAGGUGCUGGCGGGUGAGCUGGGGCUGGGGGACGAUGACAUCAGGCGGCUGCGCAGCCUGGAGGUCAUCGCGUGA